UGGUGUUGGGUGCUGUAGUGUAGUCGAGUCAGGUUCAGUACACGUUAGACGCAGCAGCUUCCACCACAAGUUUCCACACCCCGUGACCAGUAGUAAAUUGUUCUUCGGGUGGUGUAACGCCAGUUAUUUUGGAUCACAAUCUAUACGGAUGGCACUAGAAGCUUUCUUGGUGUCCAUGGUGACUUAUUUUGCAGUUACAAGAACUAAAAACACUGGGAUAAUGUGAAAUUUACCGAAUGUAUGUGUAGAUGCGACCGCACUGGCUGGCUUGUGAACACUGGCACUGAGGCCACAUGUGGGACGUGUCCCGGACGAAUCACGUAAAGCGAGUUUUUUAUCGCGAGGUUGAAACUUCGAAGCAGACAUUAAAGUGAAAUAUAAUUAAUCAUGACGUGCCUGUGGGUAGUAGUGGUUCUAGUGGCUGUUGCCUCUGUGGAGGCCAGUGGACCAUUUCGUAAGAUGUUUUCUAAUCAUGGAAAUUUGAAUAUUCCUCCAUCUUUGUGGGAUGAUGUUGGAGACCCUCUCUUUUUAACACCACUUCUGGAAGCAGGAAAAAUUAAGGAGGCAAGAACCCUGAGUUAUGUAAAGCUUGGACACCGCCUUAGUCAUAGCUUCUCAGGCUUUUUUACAGUCAACAAACAGUACAACUCUAACCUCUUCUUUUGGUUCUUCUCAGCAAUGACAGGAUCAGCUGAUGCCCCAGUUUUAGUGUGGCUUCAGGGAGGACCUGGUGGUUCCUCUCUCUUUGGCUUGUUUGCUGAGCAUGGACCUUUCAGUAUUGAUGCCUCUCAGCAUAUUGUUCCUCGCAACUUCUCCUGGAACAGAAAUCAUAAUAUUAUAUACAUUGAUAGUCCAGUAGGCACAGGGUUCAGCUUCACAAGAAAUGAUACUGGUUAUGCUAGAAAUGAGACAGAUGUUGGCAGAGACCUUUAUGUUGCCAUGGUGCAGUUCUUCACAAUGUUUCCUGAGCUGCAGCACAAUGAUUUUUUUGUCACUGGAGAAUCUUAUGCAGGGAAGUAUGUUCCAGCCUUGGCAUACACCAUCCACAAGUUGAAUCCUGCAGCAGAAUUGAAGAUAAACCUGAAAGGAUUUGCAAUAGGAGAUGGUUUAUGUGAUCCAAUUUCUAUGGUGGAUUAUGGAGACUUCCUCUAUUUUAUUGGUUUGAUUGAUGAGAUUGACCUAAAAUACUUCAAGCAACAGAGUGCAUUGACAGUCUCUUACAUCAAUCAACAGGAGUGGCUUAAGGCCUUUCAGGUAUUUGAUAACCUCUUGAAUGGAGACAAAACAGGAUACCCAUCAUACUUCACCAAUGUAACUGGACUUACUAACUACUAUAACUACAUUGCUGAUGGACAACCUGAGGAUAUGCAGUAUUGGACACCAUUUAUCAACAAGACCAAUGUACGUAAAGAGAUCCACGUUGGAAACUUGACGUUCAACGAUGGCUCAGAGGUUGAGACGUAUCUCUUAGAAGAUAUUAUGCAGAGUGUGAAACCUUGGAUUGAAGAGUUGAUGAAUAACUACAGUGUGUUGAUAUACAAUGGCCAACUGGAUGUGAUCGUCGCGUAUACACUUACGGAGAACUUCGUCUCCUCCUUGAAGUGGAAGAAUGCCGCACAGUUUCAACAGUCACCACGUUCCAUAUGGCGUGUGGGUGACAGUGUGGCUGGUUAUGUGAGAGAGGUUCCAGGCUUUGCUCAAGUCAUGGUUCGCAAUGCUGGACAUAUGGUUCCACAUGACCAGCCACAGUGGGCCUUUGACAUGAUUACUCGAUUUACAUCUGCAAAGUCAUUUUCGUCUCCUUAAAUAUUUUUCACUUGAAAACUGGGAUUAAUGAAGCUCUCAUUAUCCUAAUCCUUUAUGUAUUUUUGUCUAUAUAAAGUUUUGCUGCAGAAUUGCACUUUAUAAAGAUUUUUAUGAUUAAUCACCAUAGAAUAGCUGCAGGCAAAGUGGUUUGUUGUAGUAUUAGCAUUGUCUCACAACCAGCUUGGUUGACCUUGAUAUUGCCUUGACUUCUCAUUCAGUGCAUUUGAAGUCACUGGUGCUUGUGGUUUGAACUAUAAUCAUAGAUGAUGAGAGCAACCACUGCCCUUAUGAAAGUGAAUCUACAGUAGGUUGUAAGCAAUUAUUUUCAGUUGUAUACUUUAAUGUAUUCACUCAUUUUUAUUUUAUCUCUUAUAAUUUGAAGAUGAUUGCAAAAAGGUGAUAAGCUUUUUUUGUUUGUUUGUUUUAUGGUUAAUUGUUAAAAUUUCUAGAUAUUGUUUUAUGGUUGGUUGUUAAAAAUUCUAGAUAUAAGAAUGUGAGAAAAUGAUUUUGAGACAGUUAAGGUAUUCUUUAUUAAUUUUGACCUAUCAUAAUAUGUACACAUUUAAAAAAAAGAAUACAGAAUUUAAUACUAAGAGUAUUGUUCAACUAGUUAAAAUACUUUUUGAUGUUUAUAAUAAUUAAAAAAAAAAAACAGGUUUUGUUAAUUGUGAAUGUAAAAAAAAAAAAGGUCCAAUAACAAUGAAGUGCUUCAUUAUAUCUGGACAGUACUAAGUAAGAUCUUCCCAGUUAACUUGUAUUUUUAUUAUAUCAGAAGUUGCUAUGGUAACCUAUUUAUCCUCGCCAUUUUUCACCACAUCUUACACUUACUCUUCUAAACACUUUUUUGCUUCUUUCCUUAUCACAUUCACCAACAUUAAGACAUGAAGUUUAAUGCUUUUUAUUAGCUAUAAUUAUGUACACGAUGGAGGGAGGGGCUGAAAGAAGUUUUGUGUGCAAGGGGCUUGGACGUACAGAAGGCAUGUGUGGGGGUGGUAGGAGUGAAUGGAGAUUGGUUUUUUGGGGCGUGAUAAGCUGUUGGAGUGUGAGCAGGGUAAUAUUUUGUGAAGGGAUUCAGGAAACCGGUUAGCUGGGCUUGAAUCCUGGAGGUGGAAAAUACAAUGCCUGCACUUUAAAGGAGGGAUAUAGGAUAUUUACUGUUUGGAGUGACAUCUGAACCGUCAUGUCUGGGCACCUCUGCAAAGACAGUGAUUAUGUGUGAAUGAGGGUGAAAGUGUUUUUUGGGUCACCCUGCCUCAAUGGGAGAUGGCCAACAUGUUAAAAAAAAAAGUCUGAGAAAGUAUCAAAAAUAGGAUAUUUUCACCCAGUCUUAAUAAACA